GUGUUGUUGAGCAUAUAGCCCUGACCUUUGAAUAUUUUUGUCAAAACAAAGCCUCCAGCCUGAAAAAGAAACAAGACUUAUCAAGUUUCAGUUGAAGUAUAAUGUCAAACGAAUCAGAGACAAGAAUUUCUCUGGCAGAAGAUAAAGGAUUUUCGAUGGUGUUAAAACACAAAAUAGAUAAACUAAGAAAUAUAAUAACGGUGGAACCAUUGGUAGGAUUCUAUCAAUUAGGACUAUUUUUAACGAAACCGGCAUUGGAUAGCUUAGAACUUGAAAAAGCUUGUAGGAUAAGUUUAGGAUAUAAUGAUACAGUAUGUAAUGCUGUUAUUGGAGGUAACCAUCAGCAGUUUUCAGACCAAAAUGACAGCAUUCAGGUUGUAGUGAGUAAAAUGCAUAUGUGGCAACACGUAAUGCAGAGUAUAGUACCAUUACUUCUUAUCAUUUUCCUUGGCACCUACAGUGACAAAUACAAAUGGAGAAGGCCGUUUUUCAUAAUACCUCUGGUAGGACAUCUCAUAGGUAACAUAGGAUGUAUGUUGUGCGUCUUAAACAUGACAACUUGGCCGCUAGAAGCUCAAUCUGUAUUCCAGAAAGUAGUUCCUUCGAUAUGUGGAUCUCAAGUAAUAGUUUCGAUGGCUACGACGGCUUAUAUAGCUGAUGUGAGCGAUGUUAAAUCUAGAACAUUCAGAUUAGGAGUGACUACAAUAGUAAUAAAUAUAUCGGUACUUUUAGCUAAUUCCAUAUCGGGUGUUGUUUUUACGAAAAUCGGCUAUAACGGUGUUUUAUCAGUUUCAUCGUUGAUGUUCAUUCUAGGUAUUAUAUACGCUUCAUUAUGGAUCAAGGAAUAUCAACCAACUUUCGAGAAAAAUAAAUUAGCACAUUUAUUUAUGAAUAUGUUUGAUCCUAAAAAUGCCAUGGAAACUAUCACAGUCAUUUUUAAAACGAAGGGGAAAAGUAAACACCUGUAUGCGAUGCUAUUAUUCGUCAUGAUUUAUCAAUCUGCUCUAGAAGGAGAAAAUAAUCUACUGUAUCUUUACGUACAAAAUGUGUUCCAUUGGACUGUCGUAGAUUAUGCUUACUUUUUAACUGCAAAUUCUGCAGUAUCAGUAGUCGGUAAUAUUUUAGGAUUAUGUGUGUUCGUGAAAGUUCUAGGAGCUGGUGAUCUUGUCAUUUUAUUUAUGACGGUAUUAACGAAAUUAAUUUCUGAAAUAAUAUUUGGUUGCGCCAAAUCAUCUGUUGUAUUCUAUAUAGGUACUGUAGCUGGUAUAGUAACAAAAUUGUACAAAAUAAUAAAAAGAUCAUAUGCGACAAAAUUGGUAACGCGAGAAGAUACCGCAAAAACCCAAUCGCUAUUUAGUCUUUCCGAAGCCAUUUCCCCAGCUGUGGCUGUACCUUUAUAUAAUUUAAUUUAUGUUAAUACCUUACAUACUUUUCCAGCUGCUGCCAUAUUCUUCAGCGUGCUUCUUUACAGCAUUUGUUGUUGCCUAGUAAUGUGGAUGUACUGUUCAACCAAAAUAGAAAAUAAUAAUGAAUUUAUUGAAGGAGAAGGUCGAGACAUGAAAACAGAAAUGGAGAUUCUUCAUAUGUGAUUUUAUUUAAAUAAAUUUAUUAUUCUA